UUAUUAUCAUUUAAUUAAUCAUUUCAAUAAUAAUUUAUAGGCACCCUCAACACCGUCGCUAAUUCCAUUUACUUUGACAGUCUUUAUUAACUCUUCCUCGUCGCUAGUUACUAUUCUUCUAUUUGCUAUUUUAUACGCAUCGUUUUACCGUCACUAAUUUAUGCACGAUUCGAAGAGUGGGUAUAUUGAUCGUCUAGGUGUGAACAAGAUUGGGAAGAACAUACGGAAGAGUCCACUGCAUCGACCUAAUUUUGCUAAUACUGCAACUAAGCGGCAGCCGCCUCAGCCUCAGGUUUACAAUAUAACCAAGAAUGACUUCAGGAAUGCUGUUCAGCAGCUCACCGGUUCGCCUUCUCAAGAUCUUUUGCCUAGACCAGCACUGAAUUCUCCUAAACCCCACUGUAUGAGGAUGCAGAAAAUUAGGCCUCCUCCAUUGACGCCUGCUGUUCCGGUCCCUACCCCUGCUUAUCCACUAGCAACAGUUCCCCCUCCGGCGCCUUACAACAACAACUUUGUUAAACCUGGCAAAUAUGAGCAACCAUUACCUACAAUGUUGCAAUCUACGAUAUAUGGAGAUGUUGUUUGGGCAAACGUGACUCAAUCUCCUAUCUCGACUUAUAUGCGAUACCUUCAGACAGAUCUUUUAGACCCAAGUCCGGUUGCAAACCAAGGUCAACCUCAGGCUCCACCACCAUCUUCUAGUUUACUUCCUAAUCCACCAACAUCAGCUCCCCCUUCCCUCAGAGGAGUAAAUGGAUCCUUAGCACCGAUCCCAACUCUCUCUUUUCCACCAACGAACGGUCCUGCCCUUUUACCCUCACCUACUGAUUUCAUGAACUUGUUGUCGCGCUGCUCCCCAUACCCCGCACCUUCCUCUGGUCUUGUUUUCCCAUUGUCACCUUCUGGUUUUUCUCCCUUUCCAAAUCCAAGAUGGAGAGAUCAAUAGUCCAUUGCUGUUCACAUGAGUUCCAUGCUUGUCGAGGAACCCCAACCAGGACCUUCUUCAUUCAAGGAUCCUCUCUUCCUCAUGGAGGUUCAAUUGUGAAAAUAUAAUGUACAUACAGUACAGUGCUGUAACUUGUAAGGAGAUAGGAUCACAGGUAUAAAAAAAAGUUAUAUACUAGGCAAACUAAGUUGAAGAAAUCUUGUGUAGUUUUGGAUUCAAAAUGAAAGAUUGAAGCAAUU